AUGAGGGACGCCAUGAAAUCCGACGAGCUCGAUGAGGAGCGGGAUAGAUGGGUGGAUUCCCUCGACGAUGCCGAAAUCUGUCGCCUUGCUUCCUCCUUCCACCACGGAGACCCAUGCACUAUCUUUCGUCCGCGCAAGCGUGGCGGUUUCAACAUCUGUUUUUUCGUCCAAUUCGAGUCUCCUCAACUGGAACGAUGGGUUGUCCGGAUCCCAAUCCCGGCCAUGGUAACCAAAGCCGUCCUGGACGAAAAGACCGAGAUUGAACUGGCGACUAUGCGAUAUGUGUCGGCCAAAACCACAAUCCCCAUCCCAAAGGUGCAUGCCUACGCCUUUUCGGACACAGGACUAAACGGGCUGCCCUUCAUCAUCAUGGACUUCGUUGACGGCCAGAGCCUUAAAGACCACGGUUUCAAGGCGGGCCAGACUUGGGGCGAGGCUCUGUUCUUAGGGCCCCAGACUCCCGCGGCAAAAGUCGUCCACCAGCAGCUAGCGGAUAUCUAUGUCCAGCUUCGGCAACUAGAGUUUCCCAAAAUCGGAGCAUUGGGGCUAAGUUCCCGUGAUGUCUCGGCCCUGUCCUGCGGCCCAGAAGAAAUCAGUGUGUGCCACCGGCCGCUCUCGAUCGAGAUCUCGGACCAAGAGCUCGAUGGCUUGGAGCCUGGCGAACUCGAUAAGGAACGCGACCAAGGAAUGGAUGACAACGAGCCUGCGUCCAUUCUGUAUGCCGCUCACCAUUUCAAGCACUUCAUUCAGAAUGAAUGGCUGGAUCAGUCGGCGAAUGAAGGGCCAUUCGUCCUAGUACACGGGGACAUGGACAUUGUGAUAGGCGAUAUUUUGUUUGACAAUGACUACAAACUCGUGGGCGUCCUGGACUGGGAGUGGAGCCGAGUCGUCCCGGUCCAGCUCAUGAUGCCCCCCAUAUGGCUCACCGCCGGCAAUCUGCAGUGGGUGCUACUUAUGGAUGAGACGUAUAACAAACAAGUCGGCUACGUUCGUGCAGCCGUUCAGGAACGGGAAAAAGAACUCGGCAUCCCGCCACUCCUGUCGACCGAGUGGGCCCCCCUGGAGAAGUGGUAUGUUAUUGUCCCCCUUGCAACGGCCGAGAAACUGCGCUUCUUCCCAAACCCUCACCCCGCACAAAACCCCCGGCUGUGGGUGGUAAUGGACAAAUAUAACAUCAUCGGCGAUACUGGCGCCGCGAUCCACCUCUGUCCUAACGUCACUCGUAUCCUACCGCGCUGGGGCAUCAAGAUGGAAAACCUAAGCCCCAACUCGAUGUCUCGCUACGUCGAACGCGCCCGGGGUGGCGACAUAAUCAGGGACGUUGACCUCGCCGAGUCCAACGCACGUUGGGUCUACCCCCGGUACAUGGUCCACCGCUCUACUCUUCAACGGGAGCUGAUAAGAGUUGCCACAUUGACUGAGGGCGACGGCGAGCCCGUGUCGCUGGUCGCAAAAAAGCGUGUCACGGAAGUUGACCCUGAGGCUGGGGUCUAUGUCGAGAAUAGUACACUGGUAUCGGCCGAUGUGAUUAUUGGCGCCGACGGCAUCUCCUCAGCAACGAGAGAAACCAUCAAGAAAGUUCCGCUGGUUCGCACCGGCAAGGCAGCCUUCCGGUUCAUCAUUGCAGCGUGCGCGGCCGAAUCAGACCCCGAGACAGCGUCACUGGUCAGCCAGAAAGACACUCUCACCAUCUGGUUCGCCGAUGACAGGCGAAUCGUCAUGUAUCCGUGUGAAAACAGCGAGUGGUUGAACUUCGUCUGCAUAUACCCGGACGAGGAGUCGCAAGCAAUCCCCACCAAAGAUUGGAGCGGGGAGGCUUCGCGCGACCACGUACUGCAUGUGUUUCGAGAUUUCGACAAGGCGCUAUUGGCCCUCUUCCGCAAAGCCAACAAGAAGACAAUAAGGGUCUGGCAGCUGCUCGACAUGGAGGCCCUGCCGACCUGGACAUCCUCGAGGCUCGCCCUCAUGGGGGACGCGGCGCAUCCCUGCCUGCCCUACCAAGCCCAAGGCGGCGCCCAAGCCAUCGAAGACGCCGCCGCCCUCGCCGCCGUCCUGCCCAAGGGGACAGACCCCAUAGACGUGCCCGAGCGCCUCAAGAUGUACGAGAAGAUCCGCUACGAGCGAGCUACUCGCAUUCAGGAGUAUUCGCGCCUUACGGGGCAGGAUUGGAUAGCCGGCAAGCCCGCGCGUGAUAUGAGGGAGUUCGAGACGUACAACUUCGACCACGACGAGAUCGAAAACUCCGCCUCUGCCUUCAAGAGCUGGGUUGAGGUCGAGUGGCGCUCGCUGACUGUGACACCGCCGGAAGAGGAAGUGCCCUCGUUGGUUUCGACGCCGCCGGGGGGCGAAGAAGAGCGCUCGUCGAGUUUGGCGCCGGGGGGUGGAAAAGAGCGCUCGUUGAUUUUGACACCGCCCGGGGAAGAGAAGAAGCGCUCGUUGGUUUUGACACCGCCGGCAGAGGGAGAAGUGCCCUAG